ACAGAGGAUUCAUUUUCCUAGGUUAUAUCGGAGAAGAAAUUGGAAUUAGGAUGAUAGUGAUGCUAUAAAUGUUGUUUUUUCGUACACAAUUACUUUGUUAGCUUUAACUUGAAUCAUUUAUAUUAACCGGUAUAUGAAUGAAUGAGCAUUAGUUGGAUUUGGAAUUUCUCACUGUAGUCAAGUUUAUGAAAUUAUACUAGUAGAAUUUCCAGAGCCUUCUUCGAGAUUUCCAGUUUCUGAUUAUACCAUGCAUGAUCUUAGCUAUAGAGGUAGAUGAUUAGGAGUAGAAGGCUAGUCGGUGGCCAAAUUGUGUCACACGUCAUAUUGGAAAGGGAGGGUACGAACCUUAGUAGUAGUGUGUAGUUUUUUUCUUAUUCUUCAUUGUGUAUUACUAUUUGUUGCUUCAUUUGCUUUGUCUGUUGAUAUUUCACUGUUAUAUUUUUUCUUGCAACCCUGCUUCAAAACUUUUCCUUUGAGCUAAGGCUCUAUCGGAGAAAGUCUCUCUACCCUACAAAGGUAGAGGUAAGGUUUGCGUACAUGCUACCCUCCUCAGACACCACCCAUGGGAUUAUUUUGGGUUAUCGAUGGAUUACAAGAUUUUUGGGUCUUGCCUUAUAUGCAAUGCUACUUAUGCCUGGUUUUAUCCAAGUUGCAUUUUAUUAUUUCUUUUCACCACUGGUCCGGCGAAGUGUUGUCUAUGGUGAUCAGCCGAGGAAUAGGUUGGACUUAUAUCUACCAGCAAAGAUAGACAGCCCAAAGCCAGUUGUGGUAUUUGUAACAGGUGGAGCAUGGAUUAUUGGGUACAAGGCCUGGGGUUCUCUGUUAGGAAAGCAAUUAUCAGAACAUGACAUUAUAGUGGCAUGCAUCGAUUACAGAAACUUUCCACAGGGAACAAUAGGAGAUAUGGUGGAAGAUGUGUCUCAGGGAAUCUCAUUUGUUUGCAGCAGCAUCGCUGAUUAUGGUGGUGAUCCAAAUAGGAUUUAUCUCACGGGUCAAUCUGCUGGUGCACAUAUCUCUUCUUGUGUUCUUGUGAAGCAGGCGAUCAAAGAAUCUAGAGGAGAAACUGUUUCUUGGAGCACCUCCCAAAUAAAAGCUUUUUUUGGUUUGUCAGGCGCGUAUGAUUUGCCCAAUUUAGUUGAUCAUUUCAAUAAUAGAGGGUUAUAUCGCUCAAUUUUCUUGAGUAUAAUGGAAGGGGAGGAGUCAUUGCAAAAGUUCUCUCCUGAAAUUAUUGUACAGGAUCGGAGCUCUAAAGCUGCUGUCCAUUUGCUGCCUCACAUUAUCCUAUUUCACGGUUCUUCAGAUAGCUCCAUUCCAUCGGAUUCGAGCAAAGCAUUUGUAGAUACACUUCACAGAGUGGGAGUUCAAGCUGAAUCGAUUUUGUAUGAUGGAAAAACUCACCUGGAUUUAUUCCUUCAUGAUCCUCUAAGAGGUGGUAAAGAUGACCUUUUUGACUAUAUAGUAGCAUAUAUACAUGCUAACGACAAAGAAGCUCUUGCUAAGGAUGCUAUGGCACCUCCAAGAAAGCGGCUUGCUCCAGAAAUCUUAAUAAAGUUAGCUCGCAGGAUCAGCCCUUUCUAAGACUGCGCAUUUGAUUGAUGGUCACCUAAGUCUGCAGCAUAUUGUUUUAUCCCUCCCAGUUCAUUCUAGGUCCUACAUGAUGUUGAAAUAAAGCUGUUUGCUA